AUGAAGGGUUUCAGACAGAGAGUGCAUGAGCAGUUGUCGAGGGCAAAAGACGCCAACAAGUCAUCGAAAAAGAAAGAUUCCUCCCAUUCGUCGUCCCAGAACCAAGCAACCCUGCAAGCCAACCAUGGACAGCAGUCCGCUUCCCCUAACCAGGGCACCCCGACCUCGUCCACCACGUCCGUGAAUGAUACCAGGGGAAAGUCGCCGGACAAUGGCUCGCAGCCGGGAAUGUAUCCUCCUGGAACUCCUACCAAGCAGGGACAGCCGAUGGCUCCAAGUGUCGUGAUCAGUCCGAGCGCACCGCAUGUCCCUCCUCCCCCCGGAGCCGCCGAGACCAUGCCAGGAGACCUGGCCCCUCCCAGGAAGUCCCAUGUCUUUGAUCGACUGCAGACGACACCCAAGGAUAUGUCUGAAGGAAUCCGAACCCCCAAGCGCCAGCAUUCGUCGCGAUUCGAUAUUUCCGAUCAGCGCCAGAGAGAGCUGGAGAAGCUGGAGAGUUUCCACGAGGUCCCUCCCCAUCGUCGCCAAUCCCUUUUCAUGCAAAAGAUCGACCAGUGCAACAUUAUCUUCGACUUCAAUGACCCCACUGCCGACAUGAAAUCCAAGGAAAUUAAGAGACUGGCACUCCAUGAACUACUAGACUAUAUCGCCAACAAUCGCUCGGUCAUCACGGAACCCAUGUACCCUCGGGUCGUUGAGAUGUUCGCCAAGAAUCUUUUCCGACCAAUCCCGCCUCCGGUAACUCCUCAAGGAGAAGCGUUUGACCCCGAGGAGGACGAACCGGUGCUAGAAGUCGCAUGGCCCCAUAUUCAGGUGGUGUAUGAGUUUUUCUUGCGCUUCAUCGAAAGUCAGGACUUCAAUACGAACAUCGCCAAGGCAUAUAUCGACCAUCACUUUGUGCUUCAGUUGCUGGAGCUGUUUGACUCCGAAGACCCUCGUGAGCGCGAUUUCCUCAAGACCACCCUACACCGUAUCUAUGGGAAAUUCCUGAACUUGCGAUCAUAUAUCCGCAGGUCUAUCAACAACGUUUUCUUCCAGUUUACGUAUGAAACGGAGCGCUUUAAUGGAAUUGCGGAACUGUUGGAAAUCCUGGGGUCCAUUAUCAACGGCUUUGCUCUUCCCUUGAAGGAAGAACACAAACUUUUCCUAACUCGUGUACUUCUCCCUCUUCACAAGGUCAAAAGCCUGAGCAUGUAUCACCCGCAAUUGGCAUACUGUAUUGUCCAGUUCCUCGAGAAAGACUCGACUUUGACUGAAGAUGUGGUCCUUGGUCUCCUUCGCUACUGGCCCAAGACCAACAGCACCAAGGAGGUGAUGUACUUGAACGAGGUGGAAGACAUCUUCGAGGUUAUGGACCCGGCCGAGUUCGCCAAGGUUCAGGUGCCUCUGUUCCAGCAACUCGCCAAAUCUGUCGCCAGCCCGCAUUUCCAGGUGGCGGAGCGUGCCCUUUAUUUCUGGAACAACGAAUACUUCUGUAACCUGGUUAGCGACAACGUAGAGAUCAUUCUGCCGAUCAUGUUUCCUCCGUUGUACGAGAAUUCCAAAGGCCACUGGAACAGAACGAUUCAUAGCAUGGUCUACAAUGCGAUGAAAAUGUUUAUGGAGAUCAACCCCCAGCUUUUCGACGAAUGUUCCCAUGAUUAUAAUGAGCGGCAGAACAGUGCUGAGGAGCGUGAGAUGGGUCGACAGAACCGGUGGGAGAAGGUGUUGGAACGGGCCAAAGAGAGAAAGAAUGGGGUUACUGUGCCCCCGCAAUGCCAGGUUGCCGAAAUUCCAGUCCACUUAGACGACAUCGACUCAGUGACCCGCGAGAGCCAGCAGCGACUUCAUUCUUUGAGACUGGAUGACUCGGGCACGACGACGGAGCGACGGUCUCGAGAAAGCACGGCAUCUUCGGUGAGUAUUCAGGUCCCCGAAUAG